AUGUUAGUAUCACCAAAUAACUUUGGAGUUGUUGAGCCAGGGUUAUAUCGAUGUUCUAAAUUGGAGAAUGAUAAUUUGCCAUUUUUAUCGACAUUAAAUCUUAAAUCAAUCAUUAUAUUAGAUGCUGAAAAACCGUCAAGAUCGAUAAAUAAUUUCAUAGAACAUAACAAAAUUGAGCUCUUCAAUCUUGGUGGAUUGAAGAUUAGUGAUAGAACCAGAAAUAAGACCGAUGAUGAGGAAGAAGAGGAGGAGGAAGAUUUGACUGGAACUGAAGGCACUACAGAACGGAAUGUACGUCGACAUAGUAGAACUCGUAGUACACCAGGAGAACAUCGUGGCUCAAUUACCGAAAAGCAGCUGACAAAAAACAAUACAAUAGAUAUUAUAAGUUUAGGGAGUAAACGGAACAAAACUGAGCAGUGGAUGGUUAUCGAGAAGAAUGUGAUAAUCCAAGCAUUUGAGUUGAUAUUGAAUAAUCACAAGUAUCCCAUGUUGGUAGUUGAUUCUACAUCCACCUUAAUCGGGAUAUUAAGAAAGAUACAAAAAUGGAAUUUUAAUUCAAUAUUGAAUGAAUAUAGAAUCUAUAUGGGAAGUUCAAAUAAAAACAACUAUUUUGCUGAAACUUUCCUCGAGUUGAUACAAAUUGAAUUAGUGUCGUAUGAAGUCAGCAAUUUCAAUUCCAUGAAACAACAACAACAGCAACAGCAGCAACUACCGCAACAUAAGUAUCUGAAAUCAAAGGACAUGUACCAACCUCAGCCUCGACAUUCAAUUGAUUUGGAAACAGAUUUAUCACCUACAAACCAUAUGAAAAGUCCAUAUCUCAUGCCUACUUCUCGUCGAGAUUCAUUAAAACCACCAUCAAUGCAUAGAGUUUCUAUAGAUGAAGAUAUUUCUGAUGAUGCCAGUGUUGAUGAUAUGGACGACUUGGACGAUGAUUUGCUUUCAGCUUCGCCGCAAAUUCCCGAGAAUUUACUUAAAUUUGUGGAGGAAAGAAAACAAGACAAGCAGAUGCAACCUACGGAUCUGGAUGAUUUGGUGAUAACACCAGGAACAUCACCCCAGCCAGGAUUAGGAAGAUCCAGUAGGAACAACAGUUUCAGUAAUGACUUAUUACGAGGAAAUGGCGUUGAUAGAAGACGAUCAGUUGAUGUUAAGUUGGUUAGAAAUGUCAAGUUUAGAAGUCCCAUGCAACAACAACAACAACAACAACAACCGCCACCUCCUCCUAUUCCACUCCAAACAAGAUCGUCGUAUGAAGGUCCAUCGUCAUGGUCUAAACGCAAGGAUCUGAGUAGAACUUAUUCACCAUUUGACAUUGAAGAAGUUAAACGACAAUAUGAUUUCAAAUACUACAAGAAUUUAAACAAAUACCCAAUUGUUUAUGAAAAUGUUGGUGUAUUGAAAUUGAAACUUCCAAAAACUCACAAAUUACCUGAUUGGUUUGUAAAAGGAAGGAACUAUUGGGAAAGAAAUUAUAAAUUACUAAAUAGCGAAUAA